CAAAACCCUAGAAACACUUCUCCCAUUUCAUUCAAAAGCCUCUCUCGACCAUCAGCACUCGCGGCGGCUAAGAAGAAGAGGAGAAGCGGCAGCAGCAGCAGCAGCGCAGCAAUGGGUAUCGACUUAGUUGCAGGAGGCAAAAGCAAGAAGACCAAGCGAACCGCCCCAAAAUCUAAUGAUAUUUACCUCAAGCUACUCGUCAAGCUAUAUCGGUUUCUCGUAAGGAGGACAGGAAGCAACUUCAAUGCGGUGAUACUGAAGAGGUUGUUCAUGAGCAGGGUCAACAAGGCUCCUAUGUCCCUUUCCAGAUUGAUUAGCUUCAUGAAGGGAAAGGAGGAUAAGAUCGCGGUGAUUGUUGGAACGGUCACCGACGACACUCGGGUUUAUGAGGUACCGGCUUUGAAGGUGACGGCUCUGAGGUUUACAGAGACAGCAAGAGCAAGGAUUUUGAAGGCGGGAGGAGAAUGCUUGACGUUUGAUCAGCUGGCUCUAAGGGCUCCUCUUGGUCAGAACACGGUUCUCCUCAGGGGUCCUAAGAAUGCUCGUGAAGCAGUUAAGCACUUUGGUAAGGCUCCUGGUGUGCCACACAGCCACACUAAACCAUAUGUGCGGUCCAAGGGAAGGAAAUUUGAGAGGGCCAGAGGGAGAAGGAACAGCAGAGGUUUUAGGGUCUGAGUCAUUUAUUAUGUUCUGUCUUGAGGUAGGGAUAUUAGUGAGGCAAAUAUUUACCUUCUGUCGUGGUUCAAUUUUUGUUGGUCAUUUAGAUAUCUAUUGCUGGUGUUUGUUUCUUUUCUUUCGCCCUUGAUAGUUAAACUAGAUGAAUUGAACUUUGACAAGUUUGAAAAUGAAUGGCAGUAACACAUUCAUAGUUUUUUUCCCAUAAAAUGACUGCUAACUGUAUGUUCAGAUUUGUUGAUGUUGCUUCUAUCUGAAGUCUUGUUAUUAUUA